AUUCCAAAACAGGAAAAGCAAAUGGCGUUUCACUUGACGUUUGUUUCCAGAUAAGAUAAGAGUUAUGAAAAAAAUCUUAUUAAAAUAAUGCAAUCUUUUAUAUAUUAAUAUGCAUCAAAAUACAUAAACGAACAUGAUUUGGUUAGAGUGCCUCAUUGAAUUUGUCUUUUUUAAUAGAAACUGAUGUUAUUUAUGUAAACACAAGCUGUGAUUAUAUUUAUAUAAUUAGACUUAUAAUUGAAAUGAAGUAAAGCAUUUCAUGUAAAGUCUCCCAUAUGUUAGAUCUUUGUAUACAAUCAAGUACUAAAAGUUUGAAUGAACAAUUUUUCUGAAUCUCAAUUGAAUAUUUUGCUCGUCAAUGUUUUUGGAAUAAAAAAUGUUAGAAAACAUUAAAUGGAUUUAUCUUUAUGCAGCAAUUUUUAUUUUGCUACCAUUUGUUGUUCAUAUAUUAGCAGAAAGUGAAACUGUUGAUAUUCAGUGUCCAAAUUUUGAGGAAUUAAAAAUACAUAAGCAUGUUACUCCUUGGGGUAAUACGACUGCCGGUCACUUCACCGAAGUCAAAGAAGCAAAUACUUUGACGUCUUGCACUAUGGAAUGUUGUGUUGAAGAUACCUGUAAUGUUGUAUUUUUCUUUAAUGGAACAUGUUUUUUAAUAGAAUGUAAUAGCAAACAGGAUUGUCAGCCAUUGAAAAGAAGCGGAACAAAAUUUUCAGAGUCUUAUAUGGUUAUAGUAAGAUCAUCAACUGUACAUAGUACAGAUGAAGACUAUAGAUGGGAUGAUGAUGAUUUCAGAUCAUUUAGAUCUCUAAAAACACCUCUGUUUACUAAUUCACCAAGGAAUAUAAAAUCUCAGACUUCUGAAUAUUUAAACUCAAGAGAAGAUUCUUCACAAACUUUGAAACCAACUGCAAAAAAAAUAAAAACUUGUAUAUAUGGUAUAGGAAUUGAUUGUCCCACUCACGAACAUUGCAAGCCAAAAAAUCACAGAGCUCGCCAAGGUUUAUGUUAUUGUGAUGACGGUUACAUUCGUAAUGAAAAUUCUGGAAAAUGUAUACCUUUCACUGCUUCUUCCACAAAUAUUUCUAGCAAUCAGAUUAAACAAAAUUCUACAGACACUCCAUCGAUCCUUUCUUCUACUACGCCUCCAAUACAGCAUUUAGUAGUGUCUGCUGGUGAUAAUAAAGUUAUUCAACUGCCUGAAAAUGAAGUUACUCUUUCUGCUUAUGCAAUUGCCAAACCUAAAGAAGGUGAAACUUACAAUUAUGAAUGGAGUUUGUUAUCCCAUCCUGAUGGAGAUGAAACUGGUAUUAUGCAAGAUCAAAACACUCCAACUUUAAAAUUGUCAAAACUUAGAGCUGGUGUUUAUACAUUUCGAGUGACUGUUACUGGUACCGGAGCACUUGGAGAAGCACAAGUUAACGUUACAGUCCUUCCUCCUAAAAGGAAAAACAAGCCACCAGUGGCUGUUAUACAACCUGCUAAUGCAACAGUCAAACUACCAAAUAAAGAUACCGUUCUCGACGGUUCCUUCAGUACUGACGAUGAUAAAAUCGUGCAGUAUCACUGGGAAGCUGUAGUUGCUCCGAUUGGUUACGCGGUUCAGUCCAAUGAAGCACCGACAUUACAGUUGAAAAAUUUGAUGCCGGGAUUUUAUAAAUUUAAACUGACCGUAAAAGAUUCAGAUGGUGUUUUGAAUUCUACCAUUGCUAAUCUUACUGUUUUAAAAGAAAUGGAUUAUCCGCCGACUGCAAAUGCAGGUCCUGAUGUUAUUAUCAACAUACCACAGAAUUCAGUUAUUUUAAAUGGUAAUUUAAGCACGGAUGAUAAAGGCAUCAAAAGUUGGGAAUGGACCAAAAGUCCUGACACAGAUAAACCCGUUGACAUGGAGGGAACUACUAGUCCAUAUCUACACCUAUCUCAUUUAGAAGUGGGCGUGUAUAAAUUUAUCCUGAAAAUUACAGACACGGCCGAUCAGAUGUCCGAAACGGAGGUGCAUGUUUUUGUCAAACCGGAAAGUAACACUCCUCCUGUGGCCGAUGCGGGUCCCAAUCAAGAAGUGAAAUUACCACUCUCCAACCCGAUAAUAUUAAAUGGAAAUAACAGCAAAGAUGACAUAAAAAUUAGCAGUUGGCAUUGGGAUCAAAUUGUAGGACCUAAACUGUUAAAGAUUGACGAUUCUAAUACAUCUUAUGCAAAAAUAAAAGAAGCGAAUCCAGGCGAAUAUAAAUUUAAACUUACAGUUUGUGAUGAGAAACAAACUUGUAGUUCGGCUGAAACAAAAGUUAAUGUGAUACAAACUGCAAAUGCUCCUCCACAAGCAAAUGCGGGUGGCGAUAGAACAGUUUAUCUUCCAUGCGAUGUUGUCAUGAUGAAUGGAAAUCAGUCGAGUGAUGAUGUCGGUAUAGUAUCAUAUAAAUGGGUUCGUGAUCAAACAUCUCUUGCGGCAGGUGAUGUUAUAGAAAAUUCUGACAACCAAUCAGUUUUAAAGUUGAUCAAUAUGAUACCUGGAAGAUAUUUAUUCAGGCUUAUUGUGACAGAUUCACAGGGUGCCUCUGCCAUCGACACAGCUUCUCUUAUAGUGAAAGACCCGUCAAAUUUAAUGGAUCAAGUAGAAAUUGUUCUUAAUGCAGACAUGAAAAGCUAUACGCAAGGACAGCAGGAUACUCUUUUAAAACAACUGGAAUUGCUAAUAAGAGAAGGUGAUUCUGUUCAUGUACGUUUGUUGCGAUUGCAUGCUGGACAAGAAUCUAACAGAGUAACAAUGAUAUUUGUGGUAGAAAGAACAUCUCCUAGCGGCCAGACACUGCUAGUUCCUGGCACAGAAGUUGUUAGUCGAUUGAAGAAAAAAUUAAAAACUAACAAUAGUUUGUUAGAAACGUCAGUACUAAGUAUUGAUACUGUAGUUUGUCAGAAUCAAUGCUCCGGCAAAGGAUCUUGUGAUUCUUACACUAAACGUUGCAUCUGUAAAACAUUUUGGAUGGAAGACUUUCUCAGAGUUCAUUUUGGCGACAAAGAAAGUAACUGUGAUUGGAGUGUCUUAUAUGUAAUUAUUGUGCCUAUUAUUAUCCUCAUGGCAAUAGUUGCUGUUCUAUGGGGAAUUGCAUCAUUUUGCAAUAGAAUGUCAUUCAGAAAACCUAAAAAGAAACAUAAAUAUAUGUUAUUGGAAGAACUAAGUGAUAAAGAUAACCGUGAACUUUUACCGCAAGUUAAAACCCAAAGAUCGAGUUUGUUGAUGUCGGAUUCCGAAUCCGACGCAUUGUUUGAUCUCCGGCGAAAGCCAUCAUUUUCAAAUAUUGCCAAUGGACACACAAAACCGAUUAACGGAUUAGUUAAAGAUCUAAACAAAGUAACUGCUUAAGCAUUGGGAAAUUACAUAAACAAAUUGUGAUUAUUGAACAUUUUUGGAAUUUCAAACAUUUUGUAUCUUUGUUUUCAUACCUUUCAAGUUUUUGUUGUCUCAAUACUUUUUAAGAAUGAAUUUCUUCUUAAUUUAAAGCAUAUAAUUUAAUAUAAGGUCUGAAUUAGAGGUGAACUUUUCAUUUUAAAAGUUGUUUACCUUUAUAUCUUAGUUUUUAACAUAGAAAUUGUAAACUUACGAGUUAGUUAUUAAUCUGUUUGAUAUAAUUAUCGAAAAGUACACCCUAAUUUUACUGUAUAUGUAUUUUAAUAUACAGUAGUAAAUACUUAUAUUUGCCAAGGGGUUUUACAAAUAUGUCAAUAACUUCAAUAUAUACUUUGUUAUAUUAUAAUUUUUAAAUAUUCCAAAUUUAAGCUAAUUGUUUUUUUAUGGCAUCUUAGGGAUGGCACGUGUACAAAAAUAUACAUAGUGCAAUCUAGUCCAAUGAAGUUUGUUAUUCAUAUGCGAAUAUUCUGCAAAGGUCAACGUAUGCAGCAAAUGUAUAAAUUCAUACGAUUAAGAAAUCUAGUAUAUAGUUUAAUAUAGCAAAAAUUACACAGUUUGUAAUUAAUAUAGUUUAUAUUUAUACAGAGAUUGUAGUGUCAUUCAUCUCUGUGCAAAAGAAAAAAUAUUAUUAAAGUCAUAUGUGGGAAUAGCAGUAAAAUUUGUCAUAUUAGAACAAUAUUAAAGCGUGCUACUGGCAUAGAUUUAUCAUGGGAUUUUAUAUAUGUUUUUUGUGAUUGUUAAAUUUAUGUGAAUUGUUUACUGUUUCCGAAGUAAAGUUUUUUGGAUUUUUUGCAAAUUAAAUGAUAAAAAAAACAACAAAAAAAUAUUGAAAUAUUGUUAUACAUUAUUAGGUCCUCUCAAUCGGCACUGUCAAAAUAAUUUCCACAGAUAUCAAGAUUUUGCAGCUUAGAACAAAUAGUACAGAGUCAACCUUCUUCUUAAGCAUAUUAUUGUAGCACCUUUCUAUAGUAGCUAUUCUAAUAACAUCAAAUUCAAAUUAUAUUAGUCCAUAUUCCUAUUUUUUCAUUGCCCACUCAUUAUUCUUUUUCCUAAUGAACUUCACGUGUCCUUCAUAAAUAUCCACUCUGUUGAGGUCACAAACACUAAAAAGAAAAACAAAUUUUUAUUUUAAGACAUUUAAAAUGUGCUUUAAUAUACUGGAUGAUCCAAAGAUCUUUUGACAUAAUAGCCAUUUGCACUGCUACAUUGAAGAUAUUUAAAUAUGUGCAUAUUAAUUGUAUAUAUGUACCGUACAUAUAAGCAAAAACUAAGAACAGCCCAUACGAAAAUAAAGGAGAAAACCCAGUUUGUGACUACAUAAAAAAAAUGAAGAAAAUUUUACAUUCUUGUCACCAGGAAUGCUGCUAUAUCAAAGGUCUUGUGGAUUACCCGAAAACACAGUAUUACUUCUGAUCUGUAAUUAUUAGCUUUUUCCUUAAGACACAACUGCUGGCUUUUGCAGAACAGAAUAAUAACUUCUUACAAUAUCAUUAAAUGUAAUUUAUUGUAUUUUAAAUAUUUAGUUUGUCAGUUUAACAAAGGAAUUUUUUAUUGUUCGGAGAGCUAAAUGAUUUGUUUUAGGGUUAGAUCACAACAAUAUAUCAAAAAAUCCCAUCAUACAUUUAUGUGUCAAUAGUACAAUUCAGUGGAAAAAGUAAUUGAAAAACGAACCAAAAAUUCUGAUUUUACACAAAACUGUGAUGUGUUUCCUGUUAUUUUAUAUAGUUUAAUAAAACUUUAUUUGAAAGAAAAUUAGUAAUAGAACACAUUUGUAAAUAAACAAAUUAUUAAUAUGCGUGUUUAUGUUAAAGGAGGUUAUCCUCGAGUCAUAUUUUUAUGUUCCUAUGAAUCAUCCACGAUGAAGUGCCAUCCCUUAAUUAUACUAAUGUUAAAAUGACAAUUUAAGGUAUUACAUUUGCAAAAUUUAGCUACAUAAAAAUCUGUAAUAAUCAGAUUUUGUAUUGAACAUUCCAUGUAAUCGGUUUUUUUUCUGUUGAAAAUGACUCUUUUUUAAUUUGUUAACAAUAUUUCAGUUGAGAGAAAUUUGUAUUUAAAUAUUUA